AUGAAGAAGGGCAAAAGGAAGAAGCCGGAGGCCAGACGCAGCCGUGAUUCCAACUCACAGCAUCCCAGCUCGGACUCCACCCCGCCCCAGCCUAGAUUUGAACCUGCCCCGCAGCCUCCCAUCCCCGAGCCCAGCACGCGGAAUCCUAGCUCUGAAUACACCUCGCAGCCUUCUAGCUCUGACUCCACCCCACCAUCUCACACUCUUCCAGCUCCUGAAAUCCACAACUCCUCUGGGAGCCUUUUGUCUCCGGAUGCUGGCUCAAGUGCAGCCCCUCAAUCCAAGAAAACAGGGCCUUGGACUCAAGGGGUCCCGCGCCCCUUCUGCUCCUGUGCCGUUUGCCCAGGCAGCUCUGCCUGCUUGCGCCGCCUGGGGCUGUGCCAUGGCCGCAUCUUCGAUGUCCUUCUGCCUCGGGACUGGCACACCAUCCCAGGGAGAGGAAUCCCAAGUCUCCUCACCUUCUACAGAAGGCCUACAAGAAAACACUCCGUCCACCGUAGCUCACGUCCUCCAAGCUCUAAGAACUGUUGCUGUGGUGCUGGGUCUCCUAGGAGCUGCCUACUUCACCAUUGA